AAUAUAACAAGUGCAGCACUGUAGUAGAUGUACUACACUCGAAAUGAAGAAAUGGCUGAUCUGAUAGUUUUGUAUGUUCGUACAGUGCUUUUUUAGAAUGCUUAUAAUAUGCUAAAAUAUUCAGUGUUAUUGCAGUAUUUUAUACAAUACAAACUGCUAGUUUAAUAAUAAAAAUGGAAUGCAAAUUGUGUGGUGUACACUGGAAAAAAAAUAGCAAUAUUUCUUUCCAUUCAAUUCCAAAAAAUCCUGUUAUUCGAAGAAAAUGGCUUAAAAUAUGCAAUUUCCAAGGAAUGUCAAAUCGAAUCAAGUUAUCUUCAAUUAGAAUAUGCUCUGCACAUUUUGAUACUGAUUCUUUUUCCUUUAUUCCAUCAAAAGAUAAUUUUCAUCGUUUGUAUCUUAAACCUGAUGCUGUACCAAAAUUGGGAAUAUUUAGAGGAGGAAGACACAUGCGGCAGAAAUUGAUUCAGAACAGGAAAGAUACCGAGACAAAUUGGUGCCUGGGUAAAGUUUUUAAAGAACAUUAUAUUGCACAUCUUGAUGAGAUGAGUAAUCAAAAAAAGGUAACCGAAGAUGAUAAGAUCAGAACAGAUGGAUUCAAAAGAGGAUUGGAAGCGGACAAAAUCCUUGGUUCGGCAGAUGAUAACGGAGAGCUAAUGUAUUUGAUGCAAUGGAAAGGAACAGAUGCGGUCGACAUGGUACCUGCUAAGGAGGCUAAUAUAAAAUGUCCUCAAAUUGUUAUUCGAUUUUAUGAGGAUAGAUUAGCUUGGCACACAGCAAAACCAUGUGUAAAAUAGACGUACUUCCUUGAAGUAAGAUCAUGUAUAUGUAAAUAUUUAUUAAGAAAUUGAAUUUUAUUAUAUUUAAUUGUAUAAUAAAUAUUCUUUAUGAAAUCGUUUGUGCAUCUACAUAUUUAAUAAAAUGUUCCAUUUCUUUU